AUGAUAAUACAGCAAACAACAACACCAUUAUUACCUUUUUAUUCUCAUUUAAAGGAAUGGAAAUCAGAGCUUAUAAAAGAGAUGGUAGGAAAGAAGUUGAAAGAACUUCGAACACCUUCUCUUGUAAUUGAUAAGACUAUUCUCGAACGUAAUUGUAAUAAACUGAGUAAAAUAACAACAGAACUGAAUACAAAAGUGAGAGUUCAUGUCAAAACGCAUAAGACCGUUGAAGGUGCACGUAUUCAACUUGAAAAUACCAAAACUGAUGCAAUUGUUGUAUCGACCUUAGCAGAAGCUUAUGCUAUGAUUGAUUCUACAUUGACUAAGAGCGGAUUAUUAAAAGAUGUUCUCCUUGGAUUUCCUAUUACGCCAGAUAAAUUCAAUGAUGUUAUUGAACUUUCAAAAAGAGUAAAUACAUUUCAAAUCUUUAUAGAUGAUUUGCAAACUUUGGAGGCAUUAGAAGCAUUUUGUCUAGGUAAGGAUUACAAGUUCAAUACGUUUUUAAAAGUCAACUGUGGAUAUAGUCGAGCAGGAGUUCCCUUAAACGAUGUUCAAUCUAUUGAAUUAGCUAAACGAUUACAAGCUUCACCUCAUAUUAAUUUUAUUGGCAUAUAUACACACGCCGGUCAUUCUUAUUCGUCAGAGACACCAGAGAAAGCACUUGAAUAUUUACAAGAGGAGUGUAAUAUAGCACGUCAAUUUCGUGAUUAUUUUACAAACCAUGGAAUUCACAUUGGUUAUGUUUCUAUUGGCGCUACACCAACAGUGAAAGCCAUUAUAGCUUUUUUAGAAAGUAUAGAUAUGAAAAGGGUUCUAGAAGGGAUUGAUGAAGUGCAUGCAGGAGCAUAUGCAUUUUUGGAUAAACAACAGGUGUUUACAGGUUUAGGUAAUUACUGUGAUGUAGCGAUUACAGUAGCUACGCGAGUUGUAAGUCAUUAUAAAGAUCGAAAUAGUAUUUUGAUUGAUGCUGGUGGUUUGGCAUUCUCAAAGGAUACAGCACCACAGGGAGGCUAUGGCUAUGUCCUGGAGCAUGAGAAUGGUGAAUCUAAAAUCUUGGCUUCUGUCAGUAAGUUAUCGCAGGAGCAUGGCUUACUACAAGAGUUAGAUCCAGCUAUAUUACUAAGACCUGAAUUUCAAAUUGGUGAAGUUAUACGUGUUAUACCGAAUCAUUGUUGUUUGGCUGCUGCAUGUCAUUUGUUUUACUUAAUUAUUGAAAAUGGGAGUGAUAUUGUUGUAGAUGUGUGGGUCCCUAUCAAAGGAUGGUAAAAGCAAGCAUUGAAAACAAUAAUAAUAAGCAUGUUAUUUAU